AAUAAAAAUGAUCAGUUGCGGUUGUGAAAAGAAAUGCAGUGGAUUCCAAGAUUGCAGACUGUAAAACCAAAAGGGUUAAUGAAGGACUGGAUUAUGUUUCUUUUUUCAAACUAUGAGACGCUUUUGACACUUCUUUAAAGAGUUCUUUGCCUCAUUAGUAUUGGUCUCCAAAGAAGCACAUUAACAUCACAUGUUUGCAAGAGAAUUUUUAUUUAGAAAGGUGCCUUUGGAGGAUGAACAGAGAUAUUUUUACUAUUGUAUUGCUUACAAGUGAACAGAGAUACAGUAUGUGUGAAUAAAAAUUUCUGGUUAAUGGCAAUUUUUUUACACAGUCUCCCUCUUUUGUCUGAUUUUAGAAAGGUUGGUGUGCCAUUGGAUGUUUUCAAGAUAGCUUGUUUUAAUGUUGCUUAUUGAUUAUGGUGGAAACCACUUUUAGAGUUAAUAAUUUAUGGUUUGAUACUUAUCAAACUGUUGAUACAGUGUUAUGAGUAAAGUUUUCCCCCCUCAAUAAUUAUUAGAUUCCUAACAGGAUUAUAUAAUGUUGAUAAAUGCAUUGUAUAUGGAGAUUUGAUAUAUUGCAUAUAUUUUUAUAGUUUGUAGCUUUUCUAAUUAUGUAAAUUUUACUCAUGAUCAUUUACCUGUUACGUGUUUAGAGUUGCCUCUGAAGAAGAGCAAAGCUCAAAGCUUGUCAGGCCUAUUAGCAUAUUUGGGUUUCCUUCCCUUCUUUUUCUGUCCAGUUUUUUGGUGCUGCAUCACUUCCCCUCUCCCCGCUCUUUUUCUAUUUUCAUUUUGAUCCUUCUUUCUCCCCCUGCUACUCAUCCUGAAGACCCCAUCAGUACAUCCCUCUGCAGAGAAGUUCCCCUAGAAUGACUUAGUUACCCCUCUGAGUUGGUCGGCUCCUGCCUGAAGUCUGAGGCUAUGGAAAAGAAUAACUUGGGUGGCCUGCAAGUAGAAAGCAGCCCUGAUGCAACUGAGGUUAGGAGCACGGAAAAAAGAUUCAUCCAGAAAGGCCUAUGGGCUGACAACACCAGCUCAGAUGCAAAGUGCCAACGCUUCAGACAGUUCUGCUACCAGGCGGCCGAGGGCCCCCGAGAGGUUUGCAGCCGACUCCACAGCCUUUGCCAUCAGUGGCUGAAGCCGGAAAGACUCACAAAAGCUCAGAUGCUGGACCUGGUGAUCCUGGAGCAGUUCCUGGCCAUCCUGCCCCCAGAGAUGGAGAGCUGGGUCAGGGAAUGCAGAGCAGAGACCAGUUCCCAGGCAGUGGCCCUGGCAGAAGGUUUCCUCCUGAGCCAAGCAGAGGCCAAGAAGCAGGAAGAGGAACAGCUGGAGAGACUGGCAGCAGAAGUGUCUGCUGAUCUCUCCGAGGCAGAGAAGGCUCCACUGGACAUUGGAGAAAAGCCACCCUUCAGGUGGAUGGUUCAGGAGGGUGACCGAGGUGCCAGCUUGCUGGGCAUUGGAAAGACUCUGGGUCCUCCUUCCAGGCCUUCUCCCCUUGGUGGUGGAAGGGAUGUGGUCGCCACGCCAUCACCAGAACAGGGCCGGCUAACCUUGGGAGAGGUGGCCGUGUACUUCAUGGAGGAGGAGUGGGCUCUGCUGGAUGCUGGCCAAAGGGCUCUGCACAAGGAAGUCAUGGAGGAGAAUUCUGGACAUCUGACCUCUCUGGGUGCUGAGAGAGAGAGUGAAUUGCAGUGGAGAAAACCUGAAGCAAAUCAGAAGUGGAGAGAGAAAUCCAUUGUUUCCAAAAUAUCUGGCCUGCAUGAAAUUCCUAUCCUGAAAGAAAGUCACAAUGAAAAUAGAAGGAAUAGGAUCCCUCUGCCUGCAAAAAUCUUAAGUUGUAAAUCUAACCAUAGCAUGGUUCAAAAACUCCACACAGGGGAGAAGCCAUUUAAAUGCUCAGAGUGUGGAAAGAGCUUCAAGUGGAGAACAUGUCUUAAUAGGCAUAAAAUAACCCACACAGGGGAGAAACCAUAUCAGUGUUCAGUGUGUGGAAAGAGCUUCAACCGGAGCACACUUCUUGCUAGGCAUCAAAUAAUCCACACAGGUAAAAAACCAUUUAUCCACAGCUACAACCACAGAACCAAUCUUGCUGUGCAUCAAAUAAUCCACACAGGGCAAAACCUAUAUCGGUGCUCAGAGUGUGGAAAGAGCUUCUAUAAGAGUUCAAAUCUUGCUAAGCAUCAAAGAUUCCACACAAGGGUGAAAGCAUAUCAGUGCUCAGUAUGUGGAAAGAGCUUCAAGCAGAGAACAGAUCUCACAAGGCAUCAAAUAAUCCACACAGGACAGAAACCAUAUCAGUGCUCAGUGUGUGGAAAGAGCUUCAAUCAGAGCUCAAAUCUUACUAAGCAUCAAAGAAUCCACACAAGGUUGGAACCAUAUCAUUGCUCAGUGUGUGGAAAGAGCUUCAACCAGAACACACAUUUUGUUGUGCAUCAAAGAAACCACACAGGGGGAAAGCCAUUUAAAUGCUCAGAGCGAGGAAAGAGCUUCAACGAGAGCACAGAUCUUACAAGGCAUAAAAUAAUCAACACACAGGAGAAGCCAUUUAAAUGCUCUGAGCGUGGAAAGAGCUUCAGCCAGAGCACAGAUCUUACAAGGCAUAAAAUAAUCAACACACAGGAGAAGCCAUUUAAAUGCUCAAAGUGUGGAAAGAGCUUCAACCAGAGCACAGACCUUGCGAGGCAUCAAAGUAUCCACACAGGGGAGAAGCCAUUUAAAUGCUCAGAGUGUGGAAAGAGGUUCAACCAGAGCACAUCUCUUAUGAGGCAUCAAAGAAUCCACACAGGGGUGAAACCUUAUCAUUGCUCAGUGUGCGGAAAGAGCUUCAAGCAGAGCACAGAUCUUACUAGGCAUCAGAGAAUCCACACAGGGGAGAAGCCUUUUAAAUGCUCAGAGUGUGGAAACAGUUUCAAGCAGAGCACAGAUCUUACUAGGCAUCAGAGAAUCCACACAGGGGUGAAACCCUAUCAGUGCUUAGUGUGUGGGAAAAGCUUCAAGCAGAGCACAAAUCUUGCAGGGCACCAAAGAAUCCACACAGGGGAGAAACCCUAUCAGUGCUCAGUGUGUGGAAAGAGCUUCAGACAGAGCACAAACCAUAUACGACAUCAAAGAAUCCAUACAGGGGAGAAACCCUUUCAGUGCUCAGUGUGUGGAAAGAAUUUCAACCAGAGUGCAAAUCUGGCUGUGCAUCAAAGAAUUCACACAGGAGAGAAACCAUAUAAGUGAGGAGGAGCCAAGAUUGCAAUGAAACAGCAGCCUGUUUCACAGCCUCAGUUCUAAGUAAUUUGUUUCUUUCUGAGAUGCCCUCAGUCUUUAAAAAGAAUUUUCACAGCUUAUGUAUAGCAAGGUUGCCAGAACUCGUCAAAUGGGCUGUAACUCAGAAUUUGGCUUUUAAAAAGCCAAAUCUGGCAACCCUGAGUACAGUUCCAUUUUCACAGCUUAUGUACAGUUCCGUUUUCAAUAAAGUAGUUCUUGAAAGUCAAGUAAAUCUCCUAUUCUUUAUAAAGAUUAAUGGAGAGAGCUGGGUCUCUGUAUAAUCCAGAAAAAAUGACAGGAAGUUCUGGGAAUGGGUGGCAAACUGG